GGACCUUGUUCAGUGCCUCUCUAAUCCUUUUAGCCCUGGAGAGUACAGCUGUGGCCACCUGGGACCCUGGCUCACAGACAGAUGUGCUGGUCUUGGACUUGCAGCAUGAUCAUGGCAGGGAAGAGCUGGUGAUGACCCCUGUGCUGAUCUCCAGUGUCAAGGGACGCCCCUGCCUGUGCAGGACCCUGGAGGGUGACUGGUGCAGACACAACUGCUGUUAGUCUUGUGGCAAGCCCGGUGGCAGAGAGCAAUACCUUCUUUGUGUGUCUGGGCUGGUGUCUGCAAAUCGAGGUCUCCCUUGCUGGUAUACAGGGGGCUGUCCCUGUGAGGGGGACAUAGGACCAUGCAGGGGGCUGCAGUGAGGUCUUAGCCUGGGCUUUUAGGUGGUAGAGGGAUGGUAUAAUGUCCUUUGCUGCACAGUGGCUGCUCCCAGAGCACCUGUUAUGUUGCAGCAGUGUGCUCUGUGGGGACUGGGAGCAUCAAGCUGGGGAAUGCCCUGGGGAGUGUGUUGGCAGAGCUGGAGGGAAGCAGGCCCGAGUUAAUGCUAAUGCUGUCUGUCCUCUCUUCUGCAUGCACCUGGAACUGGAACAGGAGCGGCAGAAGAAAGCCAGGUUGCCUGAGAGCAGCGACGGCUCCAAGGACUCGGACAGCUCUGCCGGGCGCCGGGGCAGCGCCAGCCGAAAGCAUGGGCGAUGGCGGGGGCGGCCAGACAGCCCCGGGGCACUGGUGUCCAAGGUGGUGAGAGCCGUCACGGCCAGACACAAACUGGGAUGGAGGCUGCCGGCGGCGCCGGACUCCUCCAGCCGAAGGAACCUGACGGAGCUGCACGGGGAGGCCCAGCUGGCUGUCUUCCAGCAGGGCGACACAGGCAGCGUGGAGGGGGCUCCCCAGCCCACCGAGAACAGCUUCACCCCCAAGUGUGAAAUCACAGGCAAAGACGCCCUCUCAGCGCUGGCCCGGGCCAGCAGCAAGCAGUGCCAACAGGAGAUCGCCAACGUGGUGUGUCUGCAUCGGGCCGGCAGCCUCAUGCCCCAGUCUGUGCCUCGCCACUGCCAGCUCUCGGGCAAGGUCAGCCCUGUCAUCCAGUGGGAUGAGAGCCGGCUGCAGCAGAUGCCCCCCAGCAAGCCUGUGCGCAUCGCCUACAUGCUGGUUGUGCACGGCAGGGCCAUUCGCCAGCUGAAGCGGCUCAUCAAGGCUGUGUACCACCAGCAGCACUUCUUCUACAUCCAUGUUGACAAGCGCUCCAACUACCUCCAUCGCGAGGCGGUGGAGCUGGCCCGGCACUACCCCAAUGUCCGCGUGACGCCCUGGCGCAUGGUAACCAUCUGGGGAGGUGCCAGUCUCCUGAAGAUGUACCUGCGUAGCAUGAAGGACCUGCUGGAACUGGCUGAGUGGCCCUGGGACUUCUUCAUCAACCUGAGUGCCACUGACUACCCCACGAGGACCAACGAGGAGCUGGUGAUGUUUCUGUCCAAAUACCGAGAUAAGAACUUCCUGAAGUCUCAUGGCCGAGACAAUGCCAGGUUUAUCAAGAAGCAGGGCCUGGACCGCUUGUUCCACGAGUGUGACUCCCACAUGUGGCGGCUGGGUGAGCGCCACAUCCCCGAGGGCAUCGUGGUGGACGGGGGCUCCGACUGGUUCUCGCUGACACGCAGCUUUGUGGAGUACGUGGUCUAUGCUGAUGACCAACUGGUGUCCCAGCUGCGCCAGUUCUACACCUACACCCUCCUGCCAGCCGAGUCCUUCUUCCACACGGUCCUGGAGAACAGUCACGCCUGCGAGACACUGGUUGAUAACAACCUCCGAGUGACCAACUGGAACCGGAAGCUUGGCUGUAAGUGCCAAUAUAAACACAUCGUCGACUGGUGCGGGUGCUCCCCAAAUGACUUCAAACCCCAGGACUUCCUCCGACUACAGCAACUCUCCAGACCCACCUUCUUUGCCCGCAAGUUUGAGUCAACAGUGAAUCAGGAGGUGCUGGAGAUCCUGGACACGCACCUCUAUGGCAGCUACCCACCCAACACGCCAGCCCUGAAGGCGUACUGGGAGAACGUCUACGACCGUGUGGACGGGCUCAGCGGCCUCAGCGACGUCACCCUCACCUUCUACACAGCCUUCUCCAGGCUGGGGCUCCACAAAGCUGCCUCCAUGCCAGCAGCAAAGGCCGACAAGCUCUGCAGAUUUGAGCCUCGAGGCUUCCCAUCCAGUGUGCACUUAUAUUUCUAUGACGACCGUUUCCAGGGUUACCUGGUGAUGCAGGAAGUGCAGAAUUCAGCAACUGGUCAGGCAGAGUCCCUGGAGGUGUGGAUGAUGCCCCAAGGUGCUCUGAAGCUGGCAGGUCAUGGAGCGCAGGCAAACCGUUUACAAAACCUUGAGGUGGGCACGGAGUGGGACCCCAAAGAAAGACUCUUCCGCAAUUUUGGAGGCUUGAUGGGGCCUUUUGACGAGCCAGUGGCCAUGCAGAAGUGGUCGCGGGGCCCCAACCUGACGGCCACAGUGGUGUGGAUCGACCCCACCUAUGUCAUUGCUGCUUCCUACGACAUCACGGUGGAUGCUGAGGCAGAGUUCACCCAGUAUAAGCCCCCCCUCAACCGACCCCUGCGCCCCGGCAUCUGGACCAUCCGCCUCCUCCAGUUCUGGGAGCCACUGGGGGAGAACCAGUUCCUGGUGGUGCCCCAGACCUUCAACCGCAAGCAGCCUCUCAGGAAAGAUGACACCAACUGGCUGCACGGUGGUCCCCCCCGCAACGAGUACAUGGAGCAGAGCUUCCAGGGCCUGGGGGGGAUCCUCAACCUGCCGCGGGCCGAGGAGGCAGAGGAGGACGCGAUGCAGAAGGCGCAGCUGACGGGCAAGGAGCUGGAGGACUGGGUAGAUGGUGCCAUCGGCGCCUUCUGGUCCGUGGCGGAUGUCUGCGUGGGCAGCCCCUCUGCUUGCACCUCCCUGGAGACCUGCAGGGAAACCUCCUGGAGCUCCCUCUCCCCGGACCCCAAAUCCGAACUGGGGCCCGUCAAACCCGACGGGCGGCUGAGGUAGCAGGAGCAGACGGGGGGCAGCGGCCUUGGGAAUGAGGAGCAUCCUCCGUCACUGGCGGCAGGGGGUGUCUCCGGACCACGUCACCCCGUGCCAUUUGCACCGUAGUCACUUGAGGAAGAGAGAAUGGCAACCUCCGGGUGGGGGGAAAACCUCCAGUGGGGUAUUUUGGGCGGAGGGGGAGGUGUGAGGUCGGUGUUGCCUGGCUCCCCUGGGAACAGGCAGGGAGAGCGUGCCAGGGUGCCUGUCACUGCGGAGGCACAGGCAGUGCCAGCGGCUGGGAAUUGCUGGGGGUUUGUUAAAUUGGAGCCUCGGGAAGGGGUGAUGGGGGAGGGAAGGCUGGUGGAUGGGCAGGCUCCAGAGCAACUCAGCACCCUGCUCUGCCCCGGGCUGGAUCUCUGCAGGUUCAGGCCCUGUGCUGCUGGCUGACCCCUGGGAGGGCUGGCAAGGGACAGGCAGAAGCAGAAGGGGUAGAAGCCUGCUGUCUGCGAGGAGCUGCUGCCGGCCCAGGGCUUGCAUCUCAUCCCCUCCACCCCAGCCCUUUAGUUUGUAUUUUUAUAAAUAUAUAUAUAGAAAUAUAUAUGAUGCAAAGUGCAAUAGAGACGAGACCCCGCAUUGGCCGGGAUGUCCUUGUGUCUCCAUCUCCCCUCAGACUGUAACAUACCUUGUUCUCUUGGGUGUCCUGUCACAACAGGACAGGGUGCUGGGUCGUUUACAUAUUUUUUUUUAGUAGUAGUAGUAUUAUUGUUUUGCUGUUUCCCCAUUUCCCGCUGGGGGCUGCUGGGGAGCCGCACCCUGCUGCCCCUCAGGCAGGGUUGGUUGUGGGGUGCUGCCUGUUCUCUGAGGCAGCUGCCAAACUGUGCCAAAUAUUUGGAGUUGCCCAUGUGUGUUGUAUGACAGCAGGUCGGGGAGCUCUCGGUUCUGUCUCAGCUUCAGGAAAGAGAUGCCCCAAUCCCCUGCCAAAAUGCCAUCCCCGGUGCUGCCGUCCUGCUGCGGGUGAGGCAGUAGCCUGCCGGACCUGGGAGGUGCCCUGUGCCACAGCCCCUUGGCCCAACCUUUUCUUCCCGGCUCGGCGGAAGCUCUCGGGGCCUGCUGAGCUUCCCUGGCCAAAAAGCAAAGAGGCGUGACAAGGUCUGGCCACUCCCUCAGCUCGCCACGGGUUCUGCUUCCCCCUCCUCCUCCAGAGGGGGUGCAGCGGGGCAUCCCCCUUCCCCACAGUCCUCCCAGGGAACUGCCUGCGCCGUUCCUUUUCUCCAAGACUGAUGCUGGGUUUAGUUUUCGCCCUGGGAAGAUGCUUCCUAUCUCAGCCUGGGCCGGAGUUGUGCAGGGCUGGGGACAAGCUGGAGCCUGCCCAACCCGUCCACUCGAGGCGGGGGCCGCAGGAGCCGGGGGAGGGCUUGGGGCCUGGCCCAGGCGGGGUUUUGCCGUCUCCAAAGAUUUGUGCCAUUCUGCGCCUUCCUCCAGAGCCCCGGCCUUCCCUGCCUGACGGGCCUCGCGCUCCCGCUCCCCCCUGUUUAAGGACGCUGGUUGCUGCAAGAGGCGCGUUGUAAAACGGAACAGAUGGAGACCUGGGUGUGCUGGUCCCCCCUUCCGCGGGGGGGGCUGUGGGGAGCCGCAGGGUACGAGGGGCCGUGCAGGGCCUGGCCCCACUGCAGGGGAAGAUGCCAAAACUCUUGUGUCAGAAGCGUUAUGUAAAGUUGUCUUAAAUAUGCAACAUCACCACAAAUAUAUCUAUAUCUCUACGG